GUGUUUUGUAUUUAGUCAGUGAGCUCUGCCUCUCCCAGGAGCGCGUCAACGCAUUGUUUCCGUGGAUCCAAGAGAAAAAGUCCAUUGUUGUUGCGAAAUUUUUAAUCUGGCGAUUUAAAGCCCAUCACAUGCUCAGACUGAGCAGCGGGGCGCUGUACCACAACAGGCAAACUACUGCAAAAAUCCAUGUUGGAGAGGAAACUAUUCAUCCCGAAAGGACCGAGGAAGACAUUGUAUUCACACAGCAAUGCCAGUGCACUUUUUGGGACUUUAGGAUUGACGGAAAAGCGUGUCCGACCAGCAAAAGCGAAACUUCUGUAGGAGAAACCGGACCGCCUGAGAUUUAUGAUAAAGAUGACGCUCAAGUACAGCCAGCGGUCUCUAAUAGUUCUGUCUUUGCUGGGGAUUUUAUCGGCCAUCAUGUCUGUUUUAUCGGUUAUUUUGAUUUUCCAGCUUCAGUCUCAACAGACGGCAGUGAAGGAGUCUCCCCCUUCCACCUCCUCGCUCAUACCCGCUCAUAUCUGGGCCGUCCUGCUGCCUGUCUCCACGGUGCUCUCUGCUCUAUCUCUCACCCUUCAUUUAAGCUCUGUGGUGGUGUGUCUACUUCACAGCUACUUUUCAACAGAGGUCUGCAGAGGAGAGCAGGAUACUGAAAGAGCAGACUGGUUCCUUUUGGAUAGCAGAGCUGUACGACACGUGGCUAUCGGACUGUUUUGCCUGGGGGUUUCUGUCUACUUGGCAGCUAUGUCCAUCUUUAUGCUCCUCAUAUUUGAGGUGGAGACAGGCAUUGCAAGUGCUUGCGUACUCUCCUCUGGGAUCUUAAUCCUACUGGUCGUUGUGAUCCACUCGCUGGUCAAAGCUUCUUAUAGUGCCAAGCGCUAUCACAGCGACCACCUCGACACCCUCUUCCAGAAUGACCACGGAAGCAGCAACAUGCCCGUCUCCCGCCACUGCGAGCUCAAAAUUGGCGUGGACAAACCGCGGAUGCAGCGCAGCCAGUCUCACCUCCAGCAUCAGAUCGCCUACCCUCAGUGUGGCAACCUGAGGCAGCAACAGCAGUACUCCCCUGCUGAAGGCUCCCAGGGCCACACUAGUGAUAAAGACGGCUACAGCAGUGCUGGCAGUGGUCCCCGAAUGCACAGGACCCUGUCUACUGAAUCUGGUUUACUGCAGGCCCAGGCUAAACCCUGGAAUGGGGUCAACAACGAGAUGAGGAGUGUCCUUGCACGCAAGUCAGGGAUUUCCACAAAAGACUCUACUCUUGUGUGACAUAAAGGAAGCUGAGCUUGUGGUUAGAGAAACUGAUGACCUUUUAAGCAUCACUAGAGGACUGCUAACACAAGUGUCAUCUCAGACAGAUGUAGAACGGUCCGUUUGUACCUUUUUACACACACAAAAAAAUGGGACAGAGAUUGAAAGGCGUACCCAUGUUGUCCCCUUUAUCAACUGAUUUCUCCUGUUCAGAUUAUAAAGCAUUUUUAAUUUGAUGAAAAACACAUUGAGCACAAACGUCUGUAUAAUUUGUAGUGUUGUUGUAUGAACGAGUUUGAUUUAAAUCUCCCCAGUGUUGCCCAAGUAUCAACCUGGCAAAUGUAUAGCUUUCAUUGUAAUAAUGUCAAUACUCUAUUCCGCUGUAUAUGGUGGCUUGUUGCCAAAUAUUUGUGCACAAUGUGCAGAUGUGUUUUGUUAUGUGUUGUUCAAAAUGAUUUCAUAUCAAGCAUAAACUAAUUCAUUUUUAGAAGAUGUAAUUCAGUUUAAAAGUAGGCUGUUUUUUUGACACCUGAAAAGGAGAUUACGAUAAUGUUCACAAAAAAAACCUGUUAACUUCAAAUGUCAUUUAAAUACACAUGUAAAACCUUUCUGAAAAAAAGAAAAUGUAUAAUACAGGCCUGAAUGUGAUUAUGUCAUGUCUGGAGGUAAUACUAACCUUGGACACCUCAGUCCAGAGGUAAUGAGGAAGUGGGAGGGGCAUGUGGAGCAGAGACAAGGGGACUGGGUGAGGGGGUCACAUCAUGUAAGCUUCAUGCAGGUGCAAAGGAAAAAACAGGGCAAAUAAAACAGAAAAUGUGAAGCUCCCAUUAACUACAAAAGAGUUCAGAACAGGCCUGAUAAAUAUUUUGCAGUUAUUGGGGGGGGGAAUAAAACUGAAAGGAAAAAACAACAUAUUAGCUGAUGUCCUAAAAUAUUACUUGAUAUACAAUUAAUAAUAAAUGGAUUAAAUAAAACAAAAACAACAAACAAAAGGUAUGAUAUUGUGCAAAGAAUAAAUGCAAAUAGGAUAAAACUCCAGGCACUGAGUCACUUACGUCUCUAAUUUUACUCUCAAAUAAGUCAAGUAUGCAGAGAUUCAGGAAAACGUGAAGUACAAGGACUCACAAGUGGAUCUUUGAUACUUUUGUAGGGGUGGGUAGUAUGGCCAAAAAGGUAAUAGCUAUAAUAAUCAUCUGGCUUAUUUAAAUAUUGGCAAUAAUUAUGUCAAUGACUAUUUUUUGUUUGGUAAGUGUAAUAAAAGUGUGUGAAAACCUCAAA